AUGUUUAAGGGUACUAAAAAUGAGGUUAAAUUAGGGGAUUAUUAUAAUAGGGAGAAGGAUGAUGAGGUUUAUGAGAUUGGGGUGAAGCUUUAUAUGGGGAUUAGGUUUAAAUUUGGGUGGAUUAAGACUAAGAAGAUUAAGCCUAUGAUUAAGUGUGAUUUGAAGGGUCAUAAGAAUGCUACUGAUUUGGAUCUGAUGUUUAAGGGUACUAAAAAUGAGGUUAAAUUAGGGGAUUAUUAUAAUGGGGAGAAGGAUGAUGAGGUUUAUGAGAUUGGGGUGAAGCUUUAUAUGGGGAUUAGGUUUAAAUUUGGGUGGAUUAAGACUAAGAAGAUUAAGCCUAUGAUUAAGUGUGAUUUGAAGGUUCCGUUUAAGGGUAAUGGUACUUUUGAGAUAACCCAAUGUCAUCUUGAUUGGUGA